AGGACUGUUGCAGUUAGAGAAUAUCAGUUACGUAAUUGAACCAUUGGAAACUUCAUCUACAUAUGAGCAUAUGCUUUAUCAAAUAAAGGAUAAUAAAAUCGAUCAUUCCCCCUUACAAGAAAAGUAUCCUAUGACCCACUGUGCAGAUCAGUCCUACAGAAUUCUUGUCAAAUCAGAAGGUCAUUGCUUUUAUCAAGGAUAUGCUGCAGAAAUUCCAGAAUCAGUUGCGACACUAAACACUUGCUCUGGUCUCAGAGGACUGUUGCAGUUAGAGAAUAUCAGUUACGGAAUUGGACCAUUGGAAACUUCAUCUACAUAUGAGCAUAUGCUUUAUCAAAUAAAGGAUAAUAAAAUCGAUCAUUCCCCCUUCCAAGAAAAGUAUCCUAUGACCCACUAGGCAGAUCAGUCCUACAGGAUUCUUGUCAAAUCAGAAAAAAAAUCAGAUGUUGCACUAUUGAAAAGAACGCUGAAAGUACAAAUCAUAAUGGAUAAAGCCAUGUAUGACUACAUGGGUUCUGAGGUGGCAGUUGCAGCUGAGAAAGUUGUUUAUGUCUUUGGGCUUAUCAACACUAUGUUUUCCCAGCUCAACAUGACUGUUAUGCUAUCUUCCUUGGAGCUCUGGUCAGAUCAAAAUAAGAUUUCAAUGAAUGGGGAUGCUGAUGAAGUACUACAAAGAUUUUUGUUAAGGAAACAAAAAUUUUUGUUUCAAAGGUCCCAUGACAUGGCGUACUUAUUAGUGUAUAAGGAUCAUCCUAAUUCUGUAGGAGCAACAUAUCGUGGAAUGGCAUGUGACCCAAAGUUUGCUGCAGGAAUUGCUCUGUAUCCAAAGACAAUGACUUUAGAAGCAUUUUCAGUUGUUAUGGUACAGUUGCUUGGAAUUAAUCUGGGAUUAAACUAUGAUGACAUCUACAAUUGCUACUGUCUAGGAACUACGUGCAUAAUGAAUCCUGAAGCAAUGUAA